UCAUACAAUCCUCACCAUAUAUAGAUAUAUCUAUAUUUCUAUCCAAAAGAAAAACUUCAAAACACCAUGGAAGAGCCAUUGCUUUACAUAUCCAUUUCCAUAAUCCUAUUAUUAUUAGGUUUCAAGCUCUAUAAUUCCAUCAUUACUAGUAAAAAAAUUACCAAAAUAACCCUACCACCAACUCCACCCUAUGCACUCCCAAUCAUAGGCCACCUUCAUCUCAUCAAACAGCCAUUUCACCGAACACUCCAAAACCUUUCUUUCAAAUACGGCGACGUUUUCUCUCUAUGGUUCGGAUCGCGCCACGUGGUCAUCGUAUCAUCUCCAUCGGCCGUUGAAGAAUGCUUCACCAAAAACGACAUCGUUUUGGCCAACCGUCCUCCUCUCCUCCUAGGGAAACACUUAGCCUACAACUACACAACCAUCACCCAAUCCCCAUACGGGGACCACUGGCGCAACCUACGCCGCAUAGGCGCCAUUGAGAUCUUCUCCUCGACUCGUUUGAAGUCCUUUUCAGGAAUCAGAAGAGACGAAGUCAAAAGACUUCUUCUCAAGCUGAUUCCUGAUAAAAAAGCGCCGGCAAAAGCCCAAUUUCUUAAAGUAGAGAUGAAAUCAUUAUUGUCAGAGUUGACUUAUAACAUCAUGAUGAGAAUGGUUGCCCAAAAAAGAUACUACGGGGACAAUGUUUCGGAUCAGAAAGAAGCCGAGCGUUUUAGGGAAAUUAUGAAAAAGGUUGUCGCCUAUGGUGGGGCGGCGAAUCCCGGGGAUUUUUUGCCAAUUUUGAAUUGGUUUGGUGGUAAGAAUAGUUUUGAGAAGAGAGUGAAGAGACUUGCAAAGAAUACUGAUGAGUUUUUACAAGGUUUGAUCGAUGAGCAUAGGAGUAAGACGAGUAGUUUGAGUGGUCAAAAGGAUAGUAUGAUUCAUCAUAUGCUUACUUUGCAAGAGUCCCAACCUGAUUACUACACUGAUCAAAUUAUUAAAGGCUUUAUACUGGUGUUGUUGACAGCGGGAACCGACACGUCAUCAGUGACAUUAGAAUGGGCAAUAUCAAAUUUACUUAACAAUCCUCAUAUUCUCAAAAGGGCUAAAUCUGAAAUUGAUGAUCAAAUUGGACAAAAUUACUUGAUGGACGAAUCAGAUCUUUUGAAACUUCCUUAUCUCCAGAAUAUUAUCUCAGAAACCUUACGACUCUACCCUGCAGCACCACUGCUCGUACCUCACUAUUCAUCACAAGAUUGUACUAUUCAAGGAUACAACAUUCCACAUGAUACAAUUUUAUUGGUUAAUGCAUGGGCUAUACACAGAGAUCCUAAAAUAUGGGGAGAUGAUGUCGAGAGUUUUAACCCUACAAGGUUUGAGCUUGAGAGUGAGGAAAGUGGUAAACUAGUCAACAAGUUAAUGUCAUUUGGGCUUGGAAGAAGGGCUUGUCCUGGAUCGGGCCUAGCCCAACGUUUAGUGGGCUUGACUUUAGGGUGUUUAAUCCAAUGCUUUGAUUGGGAAAGGAUUAGUGAUGAACAACUUGAUAUGAGUGAAGGUAAAGGUGUCACUAUGCCUAAAGCUGUUCCUUUGGAAGCUAUGUGUAAAGCUCGUCCUAUUAUGAAUUUGGUUCUCUCAGAAUCUCUAGACUAUAUGUAAUUAGGGGAAUUUUCAUAUUUAUCGAUUUUAAGG